AUGCUGUACAAGGGAGGAUCGACAAAACAACGUUGUGCGCUCAAACGUGCCCAAAGGCGCCAUAUGGGGCAAUUUGGGAGCCUUUGGACCAAAUCGUGUACAAGGGUGGAGCCACAAAACAAAGUUGUGCGCUCAAACGUGCCCAAAGGCGCCAUAUGGGGCACUUCUGGGGCCUAUGGGCCAAAUCGUGUUGAAGGGUGGAGCCCAGAAACAACGUUGUGCGCUCAAACGUGCCCAAAGGCGCCAUAUGGGGCACUUCUGGGGCCUAUGGGCCAAAUCGUGUUGAAGGGUGGAGCCCUGAAACAACGUUGUGCGCUCAAACGUGCCAAAGGUGCCAUAUGGGGCACUUCUGGGGCCUAUGGACCCAAUCGUUUUGAAGGGUGGAGCCCAGAAACAACGUUGUGCGCUCAAACGUGCUCAAAUCUAAUGCGGCAUUUUGGGGUCCUGUUAGGAAUGUCUGUUCAAGGGUGGAGACUCAGAACAACGUUGCCCACUCAGACGUGCCCAGAGACAUUGAUUGUGUCAAUUUGGGGGCCUAUGGAAAGAAUUCCAUGUGGGGGUGAAGCCUAA